UCCCCGUCCCUUGAGCCCAGGCCACACAACCCCAGCCCUGCCUGGCUCCCAGGGGUCCCCUCCUUAUCCGAGACCAGGAGGUGCUGAGGUCACAAUGAACUUCGUCCUCUCCAGCUCUGAGACCCCCGAGCUGCGGGCCACCCUGCGGGACUUCGCUGAGGACCUGGCCAAAGUGCAGGACUACCGGCAGGCGCUGGUCGAGAGGCUGGAGGCCAAGGUCGUCGACCCCUUGAAGCUGUAUGGCACCCAGAUCAAGCAGACUCGGGCCGAGAUCAAGAAAUUCAAGCGAGUCCAAAGCAAUGAGAUCAAACAACUGGAAAAGCUGGAGAAACUGAGGCAGAAGUCACCCUCCGAUCGGCAAAUGAUUUCCCAGGCCGAGAGCAGUGCGCAGAGGGCCUCGGUGGACGCCAGCCGCACCAGCCGGCAGCUGGAGGACACGGUGGACGCCUUCCAGCGGCGGAGGCUGGAGGGCCUCCAGAGGGUCUUCCUGGAAUUCGUGACCGUUGAGAUGGUGUUCCACGCCAAGGCAGUGGAGGUGUACUCCAGGGCCUGCCAGACCCUGGGCAGCUACGACCCGGAGCAAGACCUGCAGGACUUUCAGGCCAAGAUGUGGGGAGUUUCUGGGCAUUUUGAGGCUCGGCCACUCACAGAUGCUGCCCUGGGGCUGCCUGCCAGCCAGAGUGUGCACAGCACCCUAGGGAGCCAGAGAAGAGAAGAAGAGGCCAGUGGUGAGGACUCAGCAGAGGAGACGCUCCUGGAGGACCUCCAGGGACAGGAGCAGGGACCCCGGAACUAGGAAGCGACUCCAGGCCACAGGUGGAGGUGCUGGGCAGGCCUCCUCUUGGGGCUGUGCGCUCACGUCAGGCACUGUCAGACGCUCAGAGCCUCAGUGUCCCCCCUGUGCUGGGUGCAUGGGCAGUGUACAUGGCGCGGAGCCCGGUGCAGUAAACUCCGUGUGACUCUCCGAGGCCCUGCUCCGCCUGCUUCCCCUCCUGAUC